AUGGAACCUCGCCGGGCCCCUCAGCACCACAGGAGCGCAGAGACCAACUCAGCUAGGUAUCGCUUUCUUGACCAAGUCGACCACGAUGACGCCGAAGGAUGCGCCGACGCCGCAUCGGAGACCAAGACCAGUCGUCGCCCAAGCAGCGGCUUUCUCAGCCCUGCUGACCUGCUGAGCGCUCCGUGGUUCGGGUGGCUGUCCGUCUACGCCUUCACGCUCUUCUGCUUCUCCGCCAGUCGUUGGCUGGCGCUGAGAGAGGUCAUCAUGAUGUACAGCAGCGCCAAGGACUACGUCUUAAGCGUGAAGCUCGCUUCGAUGGGCCUUGGUUUCGUGGAGGACUUGGUCUGCACCACCUACUUCGU